AUGGAGGUCUGCUAUCGGCAGGACUCAGAUAAGAUUGCCAGCUACACGCGCCAGGUUGAUGCGGACCUGGCAGAACAAGAGCCGUCAUGGUCGGGUCUUCGGUUCUCCAUGGAGAAAGCGCUGCAAGCAGAAUUCCCGAUGCAGAAGAGCGUGUGUCCCCGUCGUAAUACUGGACUCUGGGAGUACCGCAAGACACUGCGCAGCCUCCCCGUCGUACUCCUUGCCAUAGCGGAUUUGCAUCGGCAGCUUAAGCAGCGCCUGGUCGGGCGCACCUGGGCGGCGAUUGCACGGCAGAGCUCGGAGGCCAGAACGGCAAAGCAGCGCAAAUUUGCGCAGCGCCAAGCUCUAAUAGACGAGCAGCUCGCUCAAGCGGAGGCUAAAAGCGCCAAAGACGGGAGCCACUCACUCUACCAGGUCAUCCGAACCUUCAAGAAGGGUAGGCCCAGUGACAGAGUCCAGCUACGCGAUGAACAGGGUCGUUUUCUCACGGCCAAAGAAGAACGACAGGCUCUCGAAGCGUGCUCUAGAGAUUUGUUCGGGACGGGAGAGGACUUCCAGCUAGAUGGAGUCAAUGGCGAACUGGGCAUUUCCUCCUCGGAGGUCAUGGAGCAGCUUCGCUCCAUCAAGCUGGGCAAGGCAGUGUCACAGUUCGGCUUCGUGCCGGGCUUUGGCACGGAGGAAGCCAUCUGCAAG